GCUGGUUCUUGCGCCAUUCCCAGCAUCCCCCGCGGCGGUAGCGGAGCCCUUCCCCGUUCGGUGACCUUCGCUGCCGGCCGCGAUCUCCCGGUGUCACGAUGGUGCAGACAAUGCUUCCAAAGUCAUUGAAAGCCAUGAAGUUUUACUUCACUACCGUGUAUCAAGAAAUAUGGGUUGGUGUAGCAUUAACAGCUUAUGCCUAUUACAAAAUUUCAUAUGGUGGUAAAAAAGCAGUGGCAGAUAAGUCCUCUGGUGGUGGCCAUCAUUAAAGGCAUCUUCUCUUCUUGGGAGUAUGAGUUCGUGGUUUGCCAUCUUUGUAAAUGAAGAAAAUGACAACCAUAGGGAACUCUAAAACUUUACCUGAUCCAUCUGCUGUAAUUAGAGAAAGAAUAAAUCUGUUGAGCAACGAGGAAUUAAAUAUGUUGGACAAAGAA